AUGGACUUCAUGGAACUGCACUUGGGAGCGGUUUUGUUGUGGGUCCUAGUGUUGGAUUUCUGUGGUUGGGCUGAGGCUGGUAUCCUGUACCGUGUCCAGGAGGAGCAGCCGCCCAGCACGCUGAUAGGCAGCCUGGCAUCAGACCAGGGCCUGCCAGACUCUGGUCACCUUUACAAGCUAGAGGUGGGCGCUCCAUACCUGCGUGUAGAUGGGAAGACAGGGGACAUCUUUACCACAGAAAUUCCCAUAGACAGGGAGACACUGAGAGCCUGCCGCAGCAUGGUCAGGGGCAAGCCCUGCUUCCUGGAGUUUGAAGUGUCUGUCACAGACCUGAUCCACAACCAGAGCCCCAGGCUCAUCGAGGGUCGCAUCGAGGUCCAGGACAUCAACGACAACACUCCGCAGUUCCCCUCCCCCGUGCUCACCAUCUCUGUCCCAGAAAACACCCACAUGGGGGCGCUGUUCUCCAUCCCCCUGGCCACAGACAGGGACUCGGAGAGGAACAGGGUGGCCGACUACGCCCUAACCGCGGGGCCAGAUGCAGCAACUCUCUUCGGCCUGCAAGUGGCAGAGGACAGGGGAGAGAAGCUGCCCCAACUCAUCGUCCUGGGAAGUCUGGAUCGGGAGCUCAAGGACAGUUACGACCUGAACAUUAAGGCUGUGGACGGAGGUAACCCCCAGCGCUACAGUAGUGCCUUGCUGAGAGUGGUGGUUGCAGACGCAAACGACAAUGCGCCAAAGUUUGACAAGGCCACGUAUGAUGCUGAGGUGUCAGAAAACAGCCCUGUGGGACACUCUGUGUUGCAGGUGAAAGCCAAUGACUCUGACAUGGGCCCCAAUGGAGAGAUAGAAUAUACGCUACACCAGGCAUUAGAUCCAGUGCCAAAACUCCUGCGCAUUGAUCACUCCACUGGCAUCAUCUAUGUCAAAGGGCCUUUGGAUCGGGAAGAAAUCAGCGAUUUGACAUUUUACGUAGUGGCCAGAGACAAAGGUCCCCAACCCAAAAGUUCCAAGACCUUUGUUACCAUCGAGGUGACUGACCAGAACGACAAUUCCCCUGCUGUGGAGAUCCGUGGGAUUGGCCUGGUGAGCCACAGUGACGGUGUGGCCAACAUAUCAGAGGACAUGCCCGUGGGCACGGCGGUGGCCUUGGUCCAGGUGUCUGACAGGGACGAGGGGGAGAAUGCAGUGGUCACCUGUGUGGUGGCAGGGGACGUGCCUUUCCAGCUGCGCCCAGCCAGUGACUCGUCCACUGACAACAAAAGAAAAUAUUUCCUGCAGACCACCACCCCACUGGACUAUGAGAAGGUAAGGGAAUACCGUGUGGAGAUUGUGGCUGUUGAUUCUGGCAAUCCAGCACUCUCCAGUACUAACUCAUUAAAGGUGCAGGUGACUGAUGUUAAUGACAACUCUCCAGUGUUUUCCCUGACCCUAUUCGAGGUUAAUUUUGCAGAGGAGAACCAGCCAGGGGACAAGGUUGUGGACGUGGUUGCCACAGACCCUGACAGUGGCACUAAUGCAGAGCUUGUCUAUAGCAUCGUAGCAGACACAUCUACUAGAGGCCUGUUUGAGAUUGACCCUGACUCAGGGGAGGUGAGGGCACAAAGCCCUCUGGACAGAGAACAUAGAGCACAUUAUGAGUUCAGGGUCACCGCGGCCGAUAAAGGCUCCCCCAGUCACAGAGGAACAGCCACGGUCGUGGUCAAUGUCCUGGACCGCAAUGACAACGACCCUAAGUUCAUGCUGAGUGGCUACAGUUUCUCUGUUCUGGAGAACAUGCCCCCACUCAGCGCUGUUGGUAUGGUGACGGUGCUGGACAUAGAUCAGGGAGAGAACGCAAGAGUGCAGCUCUCUGUGGAGCCAGACGGAGGAAGGUUUGUGGUUCAGAACGGAACAGGAACCAUCCUGUCCAGCAUCUCCUUUGACCGGGAAAAGGAGAGCAGUUUCAGCUUCCGUCUGAAGGCCGUGGAUGGGGGAGAGCCUCCCAGGUCCUCCUAUGUAGGCGUUACCAUCAAUGUCCUGGAUGAAAACGACAAUGAUCCUGUGGUCACCAAGCCCUCCAACUCAUCCUUCAGACACCUGUCCCCUCUAGGUUCCCCAGACAGCCGUGUGGAGCUAGUGGAAGCUGAAGACCUGGACACUGGGCCCAAUGCAGAGCUGUUCUUCAGCAUCACUGGAGGAAACCCUUAUGAACUCUUCAGCAUCUCCUCCACUACUGGGGAGAUCACCCUGGCCAAGGAGCUUACCCAGAAACAUGGUGGGCUCCAUCGCCUGGUGGUUAGGGUGAGUGACAGAGGCAAGCCUGCACGCCACACUACUGCCCUGGUGCACAUCUUCGUCAAUGAGACCAUCUCUAACGUCAGCCUGGUGGAGGCGCUGGUGGGACACAGUCUCUACACGCCUCUGGAGACAGACAUCGCUGGUGACCCUGACUACGGCCUGGCCGCCCAGCGCAGUAACAUCCUGUACGGCAGCCUGGCUGGAGUGGCAGGCGUUGUCAUGGUGAUUGUGGUGGUGGUGUUUAUCCGCCACCGCAUUCAGAGGGAGAAGAAGAGUGGCUACCAGGCUGGCAAGAAGGAGACCAAGGACCUUUACACCCCCAAGCAGGGGCCCAAGAACGGCAAAGGCAAGAAGGGCAGGAAAGGAAAGCCCUCCAAGUCCCCUAAGCCCUUGGGAGAGGAGGAAGAGGUCAGCCUCCAGAAGAGUCUCAAGUUCAACCUGGAUGGGGUCAACAACAGCCCCAGGAUCCACCUGCCCCUGACAUAUCCCCCAGGUAGCCCUGACCUGGGCAGACACUACCGGUCCAACUCUCCCCUGCCCUCCAUCCAGCUGCAGGCCCAGUCGCCCUCGGCCUCCCAGAAGCAUCACGUGGUCCAGGACCUCCCUGCCACUAACACCUUCGUAGGGAUUGGAGGAGAUGACAACUCAACAGGUUCAGACCAGUACUCGGAUUAUAGCUACAAGGCCAGCCAGCCAAAGUACAACAGCAAACAGCUCCCCCAUCGCAGAGUGACAUUCUCCACAACCAAUCCGGUGCAGGAUCUGCAGGAUGCAUCUCAGCACAGUUACUAUGACAGCGGCCUGGAGGAGUCAGAGACGACCAGCAGUAAGUCAUCGUCUGGCCCCCGUAUCGGGCCCCUGACCCUGCCUGAGGAUCACUACGAGAGGACCACCCCAGACGGCAGCAUUGGGGAAAUGGAGCACCCUGAAAAUGAUAUGCGUUCCAUUCCUGAUGUGGCCAUGACUGGUAACUGUACUCAGGAGUGCAGUGAGCUGGGUCACUCAGACGCCUGCUGGAUGCCUGGGCAGCCCUCCCCAGUGCGCAAGACCAGGAAUCCCCCCAAACUCUCCACCUUCGUGCCUUACCAGGAGAGAGGAAGCCUGGGUCGCCUGGCCAACGGGAGCGCCAGGCUGGGUGGCGAGGAGCACCGAGCCAGCCUUCCGCCCUCCCGUAGUGCCUAUUCCAACAGCGGCCAUGCCCCUAGGCAGGACUGCCCCAAGGAGGAGGUGCCCCUGAGCGUGGCCUCUGAGUUCCUGCCCACCUCCCCUCCUAGCCACACCCCCAAACAAGAGAUCUACCUGUGAGAAAGCCUCACCUCCCACAUCUGAUUGGUGCACAGAUAGAGGAGGAGCCACAGAGACACACCCACUUUAGAAAAAGAAACAUGCUCUUAGGAUCUGAAAUGUCCAUUUCUUGA